UUUUUUUUCUUUGCUCUCUUUGGAGAAUGGACAAAAAGUUUGUUGCGCACCCCAAAGUCCCUAUAAUGCCAAGGGAGAUGCCAAAGUUGCCUCUGCCGUGAAGCCAAGCUCUUCGACGCCGAUGAUGAUGAUGAUGAAGAACUUGGCUGCCUAGAAGAUCCUAGUCCCUACAACGCCAAGGGAGAUGCUUUGAUCAGCAUAAUGCCUCGGCUUCUUGAUGGGUUUGACGAGGUUGUGGUUGGCGGUGUUUCGGAGCCGAAGGCAUCUGGAAAGUGUGUUGUGGGGAGGGGUGGCCCUGGGGAUGUGGCGGUUGCUAGGGACAAGGUGGUGAUUGGAGGUGAUGUUGUGGACGCAGACAAGGGCGAGGGGGUGGACUGCUUGGAUGGGAACCAAAGCACUUAGGUUUUUGAGUUUUAUCAAAAUCAAUUAGGUUGUAUUUGGGAACUUAAAUUUGAAUUUGAUGAGUGUAAUUGAAAUACGUGUAUUUAAAAUACAUGUAUUUUGAAAUACAUUGUUUGGAUUGAA